CAUGUCCCUCCCAUGUCCCUCAUGGGCACUGGGGACUCCUUGGGGACACGGAUCCAGGUGUCCCCAUGGACCCCUUGGGGACAUGGAUCUGGGUGUCCCCAUGUCCCUCCUGUGUCCCCAUGUCCCUCCCGUGUCCCUGAAGGACAUUGGGGACCCUUGGGGACACACAUCCAGGUGUCCCCAAGAUGCUCAUUGUCCCCAUGUCCCUCCCAUGUCCUUCAGGGGCACUGGGGACACUUGGGGACAUGGAUCCAAGAUGUCCCCGUGUCCCUCCUGUGUCCCCAUGUCCUGCAGGGACACAAGGGACCCCUUGGGGACACAGAUCAGGGUGUCCCCGUGUCCCUCCUGUGUCCCCAUGUCCCUUGGGGACAUGGAUUCAGGUGUCCCCACAUCCCCCCUGCUGUCCCCAUGUCCCUCCUUGUGUCCCCAUGUCCCCCGGGGACAUGGACCGAGGUGUCCCAAUGUCCCUCCUGGUGUCCUCCUGUCCCUGCCGUGUCCCUCGCGUGUCACCUGGGCACACGGAUCCAGGUGUCCCCUUGUCCCUUCUGUGUCCCCAUGUCCUUUAGAGACAUGGGGAACCCCUUGGGGACACUGUCCCAGGUGUCCCCAUGUCCUUCCUGGUGUCCCCUUGUCCUUCCUGGUGUCCCCAUGUCCUUUGUGGACACCGGGGACCCUUUGGGGACGUCACCUCAGGUGUCCCCAUGUCCUUCCUGGUGUCCCCAUGUCCCUUAGGGACACUGAGGACCACUUGGGGACACUGAGGACCACUUGGGGACACCACACCAGGUGUCCCCAUUUCCCUCCUGGUGUCCCCAUGUCCCUUGUGGACACUGAGAACCCUUUGGGGACACCACAUCAGGUGUCCCCAUGUCCCUUAGGGACACUGGGGACCCUUUGGGGACACCACCCCAGGUGUCCCCAUUUCCCUCCUGGUGUCCCCAUGUCCCUUGUGGACACUGAGAACCCUUUGGGGACACCACACCAGGUGUCCCCAUGUCCCUUAGGGACACUGAGGACCCUUUGGGGACACCACCCCCAGUGUCCUCAUGUCCCUUCUGGUGUCCCCAUGUCCCUCCAGGUGUCCCCAUGUCCUUGAGGACACUGGGGACCCUUUGGGGACACUGGGACCCUCUGGAGACACCACCCCAGGUGUCCCCAUGUCCCUCCUGGUGUCCCCAUGUCCCUUGUGGACACUGGGGACCCUUUGGGGACACCACCCCAGGUGUCCCCAUGUCCAUUCUGGUGUCCCCAUGUCCCUUGUGGACACUGGGGACCCUUUGGGGACACCACCCCAGGUGUCCCCAUUUCCCUCCUGGUGUCCCCAUGUCCCUUGCGGACACCGAGGACCCUUUGGGGACACCACCCCAGGUGUCUCCAUGUCCCUUCUGGUGUCCCCAUGUCCCCUGUGGACACUGGGCACCCUUUGGGGACACCACCCCAGGUGUCCCCAUGUCCCCUCAGGUGCCACCACCGGCCCUGUCCCCACCCCCUGGAGGUGCCACCAUUG